CCUUAACAGCAUGCUGUGUGGUCCUCGGUGAGAUGAAGACACGACUGGCUUGUGUCCUCCUCGUGGCAGCAGCAUGGGCUGCACCACCACCUGUUCCUCGCGUUGUCGGAAACGUUACCGAGAUAAGUGUAGGUCGGGACAAAAGAAACUCCGACUGCUAUGACUACAGUAAUUGGUGUAAUAUGUGCGACCCGUGUGUCCCGUGCUACAACAACCAAUACUGUUACCAAUAUAACUGCUAUGAUCCAUGUUGGGGCUGGACAACGCCUGCGCCUAUUUGGCCUCCUGUAGACCCCAUACCUCCAGUAUGGCCCACUGUCCCUCCUGUGUGGCCCACUGUCCCUCCUGUGUGGCCCACUGUCCCUCCUGUGUGGCCCACUGUCCCUCCUGUGUGGCCUACCAGACCACCCGUCGAUCCUACACCUCCAGCGUGGCCUACACAACCCCCAGUUGACCCCACUCCUCCAUGGAAUACUAGACCCCCUGUUGAUCCCACACCACCCCCAUGGUACACAAGACCCCCAGUUGAUCCCACACCUCCAUGGAAUACUAGACCCCCUGUUGAUCCCACACCACCCCCAUGGUACACAAGACCCCCAGUUGAUCCCACACCUCCAUGGAAUACUAGACCUCCCGUAGAUCCUACACCUCCAUGGAACACUAGACCCCCUAUCGACCCCAUACCUCCAUGGUAUACUCGACCGCCAAGACCAGAUCUGACUCCAGUUUGGGCAACAAAGACCCCAAGACCCACAAGACCAACUUACAUCCCAGUCUGGGCUACUAAGACCCCAAUCCCAACUUAUAUCCCAGUCUGGGCUACUAAGACCCCGAGGCCCACAAGACCAGAUUACACCCCAGUCGGAGUUACAAAGACCCCGAGGCCCACAAGACCAGCUUUGACCCCAGUCGGAGUUACAAAGACUCCAAUACCAACAUUACCGACGCCUACAAAUGCCCGUGCAAAACGUGGGUGUGACAAGAUGUGUAUUGAUGCUGAACAAAAUGACUACUGCUGCAAUGAAGAUUCCUUACAAGAGGAGAAAGGAGAAUGCCCAGCCCAGACCAGCGAUUGCCCAGCGGACAGACGCCGUUCAGCUCGAGAGACACAGCCCGUGUGUAAGUUAGACAAAGACUGUGAAGGUAACCGUAGGUGCUGCUUCGACGCAUGUGAACAGGAUUACGUUUGCAUGGAAGUACAGGCGCCGCUCAAACGCCUACUUAGAAACCCAGGAAGUAGGAACACAGGCAUGUAGGUGACCACCGCAGUACCAGGUCGCCGCCUUCCUUGGCCUCCGUUCGCGGCGUACGAAACCUUCUGUAUCUUUUGUUUGUUCAAUUAAAGGGAUUGCAUUUUU